UAGGAGACUUGACCAGCUGGGCUUCAUUUCAACCGGAUGAGAUGAAUGUGAUGUAUGUGAAAUGUGGAUGCAAUUGGAGUUCGCUUGUUGCAAAUGCUAUCUGAACCCCAAAGAUCUUGUUGACCCUCGCGUGCACAACUCAAUUAAAAGAGAGAGAGAGAGAGGUAGAGAGACGUGGGUAAUUAUAGUGCAAAUGUGUCUGGCUGCAUAUAGAGAUACGUAUGAUGAUGAAUAGGCUGGUGAUGAUGGGUGUUUAACUAUGGGGCGUGGCAUCGCUUGGCUAAUGCAGCUGGUGUUGGUCCUACCCCAAUGUGGCGUGCCCCAGACAAUGGGCAACAGUCCUUGUUUUCCGCCAAUCGGACAUGCCCAUUGGCAUGCCACAAAUAUAUGCUAUUAGGCGCCUCAAAUGAUCCGCCCCGGACUCAUUUAAAUAUCAAUGCAAAUAUCGUAUAAAAGUGGACCGAAUAUCGAAUGCCGGCAACAUAUUGGCUGGAUCUGUCGGCGCCAUGAGAUAUCCACACCAAUUGAUUGGCUGCUGCCUGCUGCAGCUGUUGGGUCUGCCCCUCUGCCGGGCGGGUGCGACCGAGGAACAGAUGUGGGCCGCCGGCAGGCUGAUGCGCGACGUCUGCCAGCCCAAGUUUCCGAAAAUAACGCCGGACAUAGCCGAUAGCAUACAGAAGGGCAAUCUGCCGGACGACAAGGAAGCCAAAUGUUACAUUAACUGUGUCAUGGAAAUGAUGCAAACGAUGAAGAAGGGCAAAUUCCAGAUGGAGUCAACGCUGAAGCAGGUGGAGCUCCUGAUGCCAGACAGCUAUAAGCCAUCCUAUCGCAAGGGCAUCGGCGAGUGCAAGGAUGCCGCCGCCGGGAUCAAGAACAACUGCGAUGCGGCGCAUGCCCUGCUCAGCUGUUUCCGGGACAAGAUUGACAUCUUCGUGUUUCCCUGAUACACUUAUAUAUACAUAUACAUGGCUAUGUAUCACGCUCCAGUUGGUCACGUGCCUGUGAAUAAAAAUUCGAC